UUCAUGGGCAGCUUACGCACAGUUCCGCAUCAGCCUACCAGCACUAAUUACCUCCUGCCUAUCUUCAUCAUGCUAACAUCUUUGAAAGUGGCUAGUUGUUCCCCGGAAGUAGUUUCAGUCAGUUCAGUUCAAUAAUUAGAUAUCCUAGCUAGCUAUUUACCAAAACAUUGCAGCUGGACUUAGAUAAUUAGAUACCUUCACUGUACACCCUGCUAUGAAGUAGUUAUGGAAAUGUUUAACCAGACAGGUGCGAGACCAUGAACGAGAAGCAAGCUCAAUAUGCUUUGAUAGCCUAGCCUUUUUUUUGCGAAAUUGCUGUGGUUUCUAUUACCAACACAUUCAACGCUUGUUACUGCUGGAGAAGAACAUUGUGGCAUCGGCUCACAAUGUAUGAGAGUUUUGAUGAACCCCAGCCGAGCCAGUCAAGUAACCUGGGCCCUGACUGUUACCAUGGUAACCAGGUCGCGAGUGGUCCAGGGAUGGUUCCGGGAAACGUCGAGUACUUCAGUGACCAUCCAAAAUCGAGAGGAGAGAGUUCCGGCCAUCACUCUGACAGCUCUACCUCAGGAGAACCUGGACCAGAAGAGAACCAAACGAACAAAACCGCGAACCGCUGCAGGGAGUGCGGAGAAGAGUUUCCUACCCAGCAUUACCUAAGAAAACACCGGCACACGGCACACUCAGGAGAGAACGCCAGUCCCAGUCCAAAAGCUAGGAGGAGUUACAGAUGCCUGGAGUGUGGCAAGGAGUUCCCCUGUCCGUCAAAACUGCGACGGCACCUUUUGACUCAUACGGGCGAGAGGCCGUGCUUCUGCCCUGACUGUGGGAAGAGUUUCACUCGCGAGGAACAUCUGAAAACGCACCAGCAGUUUCACUGUUCUAACGGGGAGGGCAGCCCAUCCGCAACGGGUGAUCCUGAACGAGCUAAGAACUGCUGCCCAGAGUGUGGUAGAAAGUUUUCUAGUGCCUACAAACUACGCAGGCACCUGUUGACGCACACUGGAGAGAAGCCUCACUCCUGCUCCGUGUGUGGGAAGAGUUACACCUAUCUGCACACUUUGAAAUUACAUGAGCUGAAACACAUCGGGCAGAAGUCCUACAAAUGCAUUGUGUGUGAGAAGAGCUUCAGCCAAAAGGGCAAUUUGAACAAACACAUGCUUCUGCACACUGGCGAAAAGCCUUUUUCCUGCUCUGUCUGUGGCAAGGGCUUCACCCAGAAAGGUAACCUGACUGCUCACCAGCUCUCGCACACAGGAGAGAAACCUUACUCCUGUCCCAUUUGUGAGAAGGGCUUCACUCAGAAAGCUUACCUUAAACAACACCAGAAACUGCACACCGGAGAAAAACCUUACUCCUGCUCAGUGUGCAACAAGAGGUUUACCUUCUACACGGCUUUGAAGAGACACCAGCUGCUGCAUGCAGGAGCCAAAUCAGACGCUGGGAGCUUAAAAGCGGAGUGCCAACAGACACAAGGCAAGCGGGUGGAGGGGAGUCCCUCGCCAUCUGCAGCAGAGCCUGAACAGCACGGGGACAAUCACACAGCCAAGGAGGCUCGCUGCUGCUCAGAACGUGGGAAGCAUUUAAAAACGGCGUCGGCUCUGCAGGCACAGGUGAGCAUUCACGCAGCGAAGAAGUUGUAUGUCUGCCCAGACUGUGGGAAGACGUUUGUCACGAAAAGAAGUUUGAGUGUGCACCAGCGGUGGGCGGUCCAUCGUGAAGGGAAGACCAUACCACCGCCACAGACGUUGUCCGACAACCUGCAGACCCUCUGCCAAACACUCAGACUUAAAGCCAAAGUUGAAGGGGAGAGGGCUGAAGUUGAAGAGGGGGAAGAGAAGGAGAGUCAGGAGGAAAAAGAGGUGGAAAAGGAAGAGACGUGUGAUGCAGAGGAAGUCGGAGGACUUAUUAAUUCUGACGGGGAAGAAGUCGACUGGGAAUCAGCUCAACUCAAAAAAAAGUCUGUUCAUCACUCUGGCUGUAAAGGAAGCUCCACUACAUCGCAGAUCAACAGGGAUCCUGACAGUCAGUCCCUGGACCCUCAACACAGCCAGGAGGAGGACAAUUGGAGGCCUGGGAUGAACAGUCAUGUUGUAGAGGAGGAGGAGAUGGGGGAGGUGGAUGAUGAUGAUGAUGAUUUGGAUGAAGAUGAAGAAGAAGUAGAGGAGUGGGAGGAGGAAGAGGAGGAGGAGGACGAAGACGAGGAAGAGGAAGGGGUAGAGGAGCAGGAGGAUGUUGGUGAUCUGAUGAAUUCAGAAGUAGCAGAAGCUAGUUGGGAUACUCCUUAUCUUGGAAUGAGUCCUAACUCCUGCCAAGGUAGCGAGGGAGCACCUUCUACCUCAGCAGCACCGGAACAGGGGAGCAAACCGAAAAAUAAUCCAGAACAAAAGCAGACAAAGAAAGAAAAGAAACUGAAGGAGAAGAAUCCGAAGCCAAAGAACGCUAAGAUGACCCACCGCUGCUUCAAAUGUGGAGAGGGCUUCUCCCGUAUUUACGACAUGCUGCUACACCAGACCAUUCACAUUGACGGGACGGCCAUGUUUAAAACCAAGAAGGUUCACCGCUGCUUAACAUGUGGCUACGAAGCGUCCGAUGCACAUAAACUAAUGAUGCAUGAGCGUAUACACACUGGGGAGAAGCCGUACCAGUGCUCUGUGUGUGGAAAGAGAUUCGCUCAGAAAGGAAAUCUAAAAAUACAUCAGAGUGUCCACAAGGGUGAAGUCAGAAACCCCAGUUUCUGGCCGGAUAUUGUAGAGAGGCUUCCUACAAUUAGAGUCCCUGACCAGUACCGUGAUAACAACACCUCUACGCCAAUGGAAGUCAAUGAACAUUACCAUGACAAUCACACAGCCAAGGAGAACCACAGAUGCUUACGCUGUGGUGAGGACUGCCAAACUCUUUCUGGGCUACAGAUGCAUAUGACAGCUCAUACAGGCGAGAGCCAGGCUUACCAAUGCCCUCUCUGCGGAGUGAAGUUCUCCCAGAAGGGUCUUCUGGACGACCACCUGAUGAUAGCACACUCCCACGAAAAGCCUGAGAAGCCUCACCCCUGCCCAGACUGCGGCAAGAGAUUCUCCAGCAAGAGCUACAUCAAAAUCCACCGGAAGAUCCACACCGGUAAGAUUUCGUACCACUGCGCCCAGUGCGAUAAGAGCUUCCUUUCAGCAGAGGGGCUCAAGAAGCACGAAAGCGCUCACCGGGGUGAGAGGCCGUACCGCUGCCCUGCCUGUGGGAAGUGUUUCAAGCAGCAGUCCCAGUUGACCUGCCACUUCAAGAUCCACACAGGAGAGAGGAGUCAUCUCUGCUUCCUGUGUGGGAAGAGUUUCGCCAGAGAGUUUGACCUGAGGGUGCACCUGAGAGUCCACUCCGGAGAGAAACCCUACCAGUGCCAUGAUUGUGGGAAGAGCUACAGGUACCGAGCUGGCAUCAGGUCUCACAUGCAACAGAUGCACCCUGGAAAGCCCAUAGCAGAACCCACCCCACAUAUCCCUGUUCUCUCAGGCCCUCGUUAUGGCACCGGGGGGAGGAGUCUUUCAGCAUCACUUAUUAGGAAGGAUCCUGCUGACCAGUCCAGCCUUAAAGCCAAAGAGAGCCAGAGUUUGGACCAAAGCCAUGACCAGAGCCCUGUCCUGACCCCACAGCCCAAGACCCGAGAGGCAGAGGAGGAAGAAGAAGAGCAGGAAGAGGAAAAGGAUGUGAACAUUGAGAGUUUGGGUAAUUCUGAAGAAGAUGAUGUCAGUUGGAAACCUCCUCCUCGUCUUGCAAAGACUUUUGGCAGUGUUUCCUCUACAUCAGGAGUUCCCAAAACACUUCAGAAAAAACCCACGAAACAGAGAAACAAAGGAAAAGAGUCUAAACCGAAGCAGCCAAAAGCCAAGAGGUUUAACAACCGCUGCUGCUUCAAAUGUGGAGAGGGAUUUCCCCGGGAAUACGAGCUGCUGUUACACCUGCAGACACACCUAGAUUACAGCUGCUAUGUGUGCGGAACACCUUUCAACAGCAAGGACCUACUCCAGACACACUUAAAGGAGCACACAGACGGGAGUGUGGGUGUGUUCUCUGGAGAAGCGGGAGGCCUAGCCACUAGACAGCACAGAGGGAGAGGCAAGAGGACUCACCGCUGCCAGACUUGUGGAAAGGAACUUUGCGACGCGUCCAAACUGAAGCUGCACAUGAGAAUACACACCGGAGAGAAACCGUAUUGUUGCUCCUUGUGCGGGAAGGGAUUCACUCAGCCGGGGAAUCUGAAAACGCACAUGAAGACACACAGAGCAGAUGGGAACCCCAGUUUGUUGUCCACUAGUCUGGCAGCUCCUUCUACAUCACAAGGUCCUGAACACCAGCAGGAGAAUCAGAACCACGUCACCACCCCAGCACAGGAGAACUACAACUCUCUUGUUUGUGGGAAGAAAUGCCCGGAUUUACAGUCUCUCCAAAAACACAUGAACUCUCACAAUGCUGGAGAGAAGACUUCUUUCUUCUGCUCUCUUUGUGGUGAGGAGUUUUCUGAGAAGGCUCGGUUAGAAGAGCACCAGUCCACGCACAAUGUAAAGAAACCAUUUCCCUGCCCCGACUGUGGUAAGAGGUUCCGCAGUAACUACUACGUUAAGAUCCACAUGCGAAUGCACACUGGAGAGAGGCCCUAUCAAUGCUCUGAGUGUGGGAAGGGCUUCAUCACAGAAGAAGGGCUCAAGAAGCAUGAGAGUGCUCACAGGGGAGAGAGACCCCACCUCUGCCCUGAGUGCGGAAAGAGAUUCAAGCAACAAUCCCAACUGACAUGCCAUUUCCGGACGCACACCGGGCAGAAGAGCCAUCUCUGCCCUGUUUGUGGGAAGAGCUACUUCAGAGAGUUUGACCUCAAGGUUCAUCUGAGAGUUCACACAGGGGAGAAACCUCAUCAGUGUGAGGAGUGUGGGAAAAGCUUCUACUAUCUCCAGGGGCUCAGGCAGCACCAGCGCACCCACGGUCCCAAGCCCAUCGGACCGACACGCCAGCUAGGCAGACCCAAGCAGUCAUCCAGCACAGCCAGACCAAAUCAGUUGCCCAAGACCGGAAGGUCCAGGCCAGCACCUAGAGGAGAUAGAUUCAUGCCUUUGGUCAGAGUGGAGAGGCCUAUGGAAAUAGGGCUACCUAGAGUUGAAAGUGAUCUAGAGGGGCCUCAGUGGCCAUACUGGCAUGGUUAAAGGGGCCGGUCAACACAGGGCUUUCAAUGCCAGUAUUGUUUUGAUUCUGGUUCAGAUGUUUGUAUAAAAACAUAUGCACUUACUACUGUGAGUCGCUCUGGCUAAGAGCAUUGACUACAUUUUACAUGUACUCUGAGAGGUUUGGAGCAUUGGACUCAUCAAUAAUAUCUAUAUCUAUGGCUUAAUCUAUAUCCAGGAAAACAGCUGUUGCGAUCCUUCUUCCUCCCCUGUGAAGAGGCACAACGAGUAGUGGAGAUGUUAACUGUUGGUGCUCGAGAAUUUCAUUUGUAGAGGGUCCACAUUAAUAUUCAGUACUUCUUUCUAGCUAUUUCAUUGAAAUAGAGGGCCAAAAUCAAAGUUUAGGAGUCUGUAGUUAGAAAUACAUUAGUCCUUCAUGUUCAUUUUCUUGGUGAGGGUUAUUAAAAGAAGUAUAUAAUACUAGUGUUUUACUAUUUAAAAAAAUAAUAAUUCCUCAAUGCUGUAUUUUGUUUUUAUGUCCAUAUGAUGAGUUGAAAUGAUUGUUUUACAAAAAUAAUAUGUUUUUAAUUAUAUGUAAUAGUAACAUUUUCAUUCAAUUGUCUGACUCAAAAGCACUUCAUUUUCUCUGUUUGAGUUGAAGUUCUCACGGUGCUAAGAAACUCACUGUGACUUGGAGCCUGUGUGAAAUGUUUACAUCACACAAUAAAAUAUGUAUCUAUUCACUAUAGCUAUAUCAUGAUUUAAAUAAUUUCACAAAUAUCUCUUUAUAAUUUUUAAAAUGGCCAAGCUAAAUUUUGUUAAGCACUGUAACACACUGGAGAGAAACCGCACACUUGCUCUGACUGUGUCAAGAGGUUUGGAUGCACUUCAUCCCUGCUUACUUAAUGAAACACUACCAGAUACACAUUGAAGAGAAACCUUACUCUUGCUCUGUCUGUGAGAUGAGUUUUGCAAGAUCAAUUAGUGAGGAAAGGAGAAUGUGAUUAAAAAUAGGCAUUCUGAUUAGUUUAGAUGGAAAGGUUGAUUUGAAUUGCCACUAAAUGUGAUUUAAUUGUUUGGUUUCUGUAAGUUCACGUCCGCGGUAGCAUACUGUUGAGAACACAGUCAGAACUAUGAGGUUUGAUUGAAUGUAAUCUGGUUCUGGAAUUUAUUUUACUAAUUUUUGAUUUUCCCUGCUCAACAGUAACUUAAUGGUGGUCAGUUUUCAAUAUAGGUAUACGUAAAUAAAAAAUCU